UCUGUGUCUCUCUCUGCCUGUCUCCCCUCUUUCUCCUUUCUCACUUUGUUUUUGUUGUUUUGUUUUUUAAGAUUGCACUGGGACUAGGGAGAUGGCUCAGUGGCUAAGACCACUUCCUAUGCUUACAGAGGCCCAAGGUUAGACUCCAAACCCCAUGUUGAGCAGCUCAUAACACUCUUACCUCUGUGGGAACCUGCGUACAUAUCAUUUACAUUCAUGUAGAUGCACAUACACAUUAAAAAACAAUUGCCCUAGAUUUUCUUGGUUCUUUGUAACCCAUUUAAUUUUAGAAUUAGCAUGCCAAUUUACGCCAAAAAAUGUGAUAGAAUUAUGAUCUUUGGGAUCUACAAAUCAGUUUGUAGAGAAUUUUAUUAUCUUCCAGCAGGGUAUGUUCCUCCAUUUAAUCUAAUAGCUUUUCGUUUUCUAUAUAGAGGUCUUGCACAUACUGUGUUAGAUUAAGUCCUUGUGGUGUAUGUAAUAGCAAUAAAUACCAAUGCUCUAUUUUUAAAAAUUCAAUCUUAAAUUAAAAAAUUCUUUUACAUGGUUUAUUGUUCACGUAUAAGGAUGCAAUUUACUUUGUAUGGUGACUGCGUAGCCAGUGUCCUUUCUAAACUGUGUUAAGAAUUCGAAGAGCUUGUUCAUAGAUUCUUUUGGAGUUUUCUCCUGUAACUGUGAUCUACCAAAAUGGUUGUUUCCUUCCUUUCCAAUCUGUAUGUGUAUUAGUUUUCUUCCCUUCUUGCACAAGCUACUAUCUGGUCCACAUGGGACAGAAGACAAAGUGCUCUGACACCCUGUUUGCCACAGCCUUGAGGACAUCGUUCACUAUCUCACUUUGAACAGGGUGUUUGCUGUAGAUGGUUGGGGAUAUUCUUCACUAGGUUGAGGAAGUUGCCUUUUAGUCCUAAACUGCUAUGACUUAAGGCUUUUUUUUUUUGUGGGUUUUGUUUUUGUUGGGAGGUUUGUUUUUGUUGCUCUGGGUAUCAAGCCCAAAGCCUCAUGAAGAUCAGGCAAACGCUGUCCCAUUAGAUAGUAUCCUAGCCCCAUGUUUCUUAGAAUUAAUAAAGAGAGGGUUGCUUGCUUAGGAAAGCAAAGCUCUGGGUUUGGACCUCCCUGCACUCCAGAAAAAAGAACGCAGCUCAGCCUGAGAGAUCGCUGUGUGGUAAGAACACUUCCUACUUUAAGAGGACCAGAGUUCUGUUCCUAGCACCCAUGUCAGGCAGCUUAUGGUCAAACCACUUGUAACUCCAGCUCCAGGGCAUCCUGAGUCUAUGGAGCUGUGCAGUUAUAUAAUUCCUCCACUUUAUUUUGUUCUUUAAAAAAUACUGCAUUUAUUUAUUUAUUGUGUGUGUGUGUGUGUGUGUGUGUGUGUGUGUGUGUGUGUGUAUGUGUGUGAUAUGCAUAUGCAGCAUAUCAUGUGGGUGGAGGUCAGAGGAUAACUUGCAGGAGAAUGGCACAGGAAAAUAAUUGAAAAAACAUUUUACAAUGUUUUAAGUAAGUUUAUAGUUUUGUAUUGGGCUUUAUUUAUAGCUAUCUUGGGGGUGCAUGCAGCCUGUGGGCACAGCUGGGACAUGCCUGGUAACUCAUGACUUGGACAUGAAACAGUCAAUAUGGAUGCUCUGGGUUCUACUCAUUUCUUCCCUGUACAGCACUGGCCACUUCUUCUUUUCCUUCCAGCUGUGGGGCCCUCCACACAGGAGAGUGUGGCCUGAGGCUCGUUCUGAGGACUCUACACCCUCUCCCUGCCAUCGGUCUUCUGAGACAGCUCCACCAUUCUCUGGCAGGAUGAACGCCCUUGAUGGUGUCCCCUUCAAGGUGCCCAAGGGCUUUGCGAUGGACACAGAGCCCCACCCUGCUCCAGAGCUCAGUGUCCCGGACUGUAGAGAGCUUCUGCUGGGCUCCAUGUAUGACUUCAGCCUGGAGAGGAAGGCUCUCUUCUGGGUGGAAGCAGCCAUCCGAGGACCUUGUCCCCAACAGUGUCAUGACCCGGGGAUUGCAUCAGCACCUCCAGCCUGGUUCUUACUGGUCAGUCCAAAUGGCAGUCUGGUGCCUGCACCUGCUGAAGUCAGAGGCCCAGAGGCUGGACUACAAGAACCUCCCGAGGAGGAAGAAGAGGAGGAAGAAGAAGAAGAAGAAGUAGAGGAGAAGGGGGAUGAGGAAGAUGCCUCCUCUGCCAGCGAGGAGGAGAUGGACUCCAGCAGCCCUCAGCCCGGCUCCCCUAUAGGCCAUCGCCGCUACUCCCUGGGUGUGCUGCGAAACAUGAGGUCUGAGCUGGCUGGUGCCCGGCGCCGGCUCUCGGAGAGCAGGCUGGCCACGUGUCCUCGGGCCCUUCUGCACCGCUUCCGAGGCCACCGCACUCUGAGCCUGAGUGCCAGCCCUUCGCCAGCCCCUGGCCUAGCACCGCAGCCCCCCAGCAUCCCUGAGCUGCCCCCACGACCCUCCACCGCCGACGCCAUGCCUCCACUGCGGAGCCACAAGCCUACUGUCGCUUCCCUCAGCCCAUACACCUGCUUGCCACCUCUUAGUGGGACCCCCCAGCCCCUCGACUCCUAUAGAUUGCAUCCUGACUCAGCAACUGACCUGCUGUCUGCUCUGACCAAGGAGGAGCAAGACCUCAUCGGGCCAGUGGUUGCUUUGGGCUAUCCCCUGGGAAGGGCCAUUGUGGCUCUGCAGAAGACAGGAAGGCAGAGCCUGAGCCAGUUCCUCGGCUACCUCAGUGCCUGCGAGAGGCUGCUGCGUCAGGGCUAUGACGAGGCCCUGGUGGAUGAGGCCAUGGAGAUGUUCCAGUUCUCCGAGCACCAGGCGGGGGAGUUCCUGCGCCUCUGGCAGCAGUUCAGUGACAUGGGCUUCCAGCCAGACCGGAUCAAGGAGGUGCUGCUGGUCCACGGCAAUCGGCGGGAGCAAGCCCUGGAGGAGCUGGUCGCCUGUGCCCAGUGACAAGCCAGGAUACUCCGUGACACAUGGCUGACCAGUGAAGUACCAGACCCACCACCCAUCCUAACUGCAUUAUUAAAACCUAAUAAGACAAGCCUGGUGGUGGCAGUGGUCGUGGUGGUGGCGGUGGCAGUGGCGGCGGCGGCGGCAUUGGCGGCACACACCUUUAAUCCCAGCCCUUGGGAGGCAGAGGCAGGUGGAU